CACUACAACGAACGUUGAAUAUGAUAACACGUUGCGAUCAAGUCCUACAGAAGAAGGAAGUACUAAAAGCUUUACGCUUACGACUGAUUUUUCACCUAAUGCUUUAAAUAAUAAGGCAAAACAAACGACAGGGCUGAAUCUUUCCGAUGAUAUGUCUUCAGAACAGGAUUG